CGAGGAUCAGGCUCCGACAACAAACAAAAGAUCUGGGCUGCGCGAGCUCAUUAUUUGAGACUUUUCUGCUCGCUUCGUUCGACGGAGCCUUCCAAGACUUUGAGCGUCUUUUUGCUUUUAGCCGCUUGUUACCCUUCCCCCAGCGUGACAGACCAGGCCGGGCCGAGCAAGGCCGUGUUCCGUCCGCAGCGACCGUCUUGUCCCUCUUCGGAUCGGCCCAUGUCCACCUGAGCACUUUGCAACGGUCGCUUUGCCUUUUCGGUGGUGGCGGCCGAGCUAAACGCGUUAGCCGCAGCCGCGGCCACUUUAGCCCGUUAGCCAGCUUUAGCUUCGCCGCGUCGUCUCCCGUCUCGACUUGACACUGACGGACGCCAGCGGCUUCGGCUUGUCAUUGACAAGCCACUCGAGCGCCAGCAGCAUGUCGGGCCAGUCGUCCGGCUGCGGCUUCCUCAUGUCGGUGGUCGUCCACGGAGACUCGACGCUCAACGAGCAGGAGAAGGAGCUCAGCCAGCGCCUGCGCCGCCUCUACCCCGCCGUCAACGAGAGCGAGACGCCGCUGCCUCGCUCCUGGAGCCCCAAGGACAAGUUCAGCUACAUCGGGCUGUCGCAGAACAACCUCCGCGUGCACUAUAAAGGUCACGGCAAGACCCCGAAGGACGCGGCGUCGGUGCGGGCCACGCACCCCAUCCCGGCGGCAUGUGGCGUUUACUACUUUGAGGUCAAGAUCAUCAGCAAAGGCCGAGACGGGUACAUGGGCAUCGGCCUCUCUGCUCAGGGUGUCAACAUGAACCGGCUGCCUGGUUGGGAUAAUCACUCUUAUGGUUACCACGGCGACGAUGGCCACUCCUUCUGCUCGUCCGGCACCGGGCAGCCGUACGGGCCCACCUUUACGACGGGCGAUGUGAUUGGCUGCUGCGUCAACCUCAUCAACAACACCUGCUUCUACACAAAGAACGGACAUAGCCUCGGGAUCGCCUUUACAGACCUUCCACCCAACUUGUACCCGACAGUGGGUCUGCAGACUCCGGGGGAGGUGGUGGAUGCCAACUUUGGCCAACACCCGUUUGUGUUCGACAUCGAGGACUACAUGCGUGAGUGGAGGACCAAGAUCCAGGCGCAGAUCGACCGCUUCCCCAUCGGCGAGCGUGAGGGCGAGUGGCAGUCCAUGAUCCAAAAGAUGGUGGCGUCCUACCUGGUGCACCACAGCUACUGCGCCACCGCCGAAGCCUUCGCAAAGACAACCGACCAGGCCGUGCAUGAGGAGCUGGCCUCCAUCAAGAACCGGCAGAAGAUCCAGAAGCUGGUGCUGUCAGGCAGGAUGGGUGAGGCCAUUGAGACCACCCAGCAGCUCUACCCAAACCUCCUCGAGAGGAACCCGGACCUCCUCUUUAUGCUCAAGGUGAGACAAUUCAUUGAGAUGGUGAACGGGACGGACAGCGAGGUACGGUGUCUGGGGGGUCGCAGCCCCAAAUCUCAGGACAGUUACCCCGGCUCCCCCCGGCCCUUUGGCAGCCCCGCCCACAAAGCUGGCAGCUCGCAGUCCUACCUCACGGGUGUGGACAGCAAUUGCUGUAACGGCGUGAUAUCCAUUAAGAGCCACGGCUCCGCUCCUCACAGUCAUAAGCCCUGCCCUGCGGGCUCAGGCUCUGCCCCACCAGCAAUAGACAUCAGCUUAAACGGGAACCGCAGCCAGAUGAACACCACCAGCGACGUGGACAUGGAGGUGGAGCAUUUCACCAACGGUGUGACUGAGUCAUCCUCGAACGGCUUCCUGAAUGGUUCCUCCAAACACGUCAACGAGCCGGACGACUGCGACGCCGACAUGGAGGUGGAGUCCGUUCAGGCCAAGCGCCAGCUGUGUGGCGGCAGCCAGGCGGCCAUCGAGAGGAUGAUCCACUUUGGACGAGAGCUGCAGAGCAUGAGCGAGCAUCUGCGAAGAGAAUGUGGAAAGAACUCUACCAACAAGAAGAUGCUCAAGGAUGCCUUCAGCCUCUUGGCCUACUCGGACCCCUGGAGCAGCCCGGUGGGCUACCAGCUGGACUCCAUCCAGAGAGAGCCCGUGUGCUCCACCCUCAACAGUGCAAUACUAGAGACGCACAACCUGCCCAAGCAGCCCCCCCUGGCCCAGGCGGUCGGCCAGGCCGCUCAGUGCCUCGCCAUCAUGGCGCGAACGGGCAGCGGCUCGUGCGCUUUCGCAUCAGUGGACGAUUACCUGCACUAGCUGCGCGCACACGCACGCACACACACACACAUACAGUAGUGUGCAAAAGUAUUAGUCCACCAUCAUAUUAGUGUUUUUAGCCAUGAUGACACAAAUGGAUGGACACAUUUCCAAACACGCUUUUAUACCUUUCUGUGACUCUUCCAGUCCUUCUGUUACAAACUGCUAAUGGUACUAAAGUGUUACAGAUUAUCAUCAGGAGGUUGCAACAGAGACCUGAAGAGUCAGAGAAAGGCAAAGAAGUGGAAAAAAAUAGAUAUUCCUCUAUAUAAAUCUGACACCAAUUUCUUCCGUCUCAUGUACCAAAAUGCGUAGUGUUCCCCGGCAUAUUUGUGAUUUAUUGCUUACGAAUAAAUUAUUUUUUUUUAAACCUAUUUUUCUGUUUCCUACAGAUGCCACAGAUUGUGGCUCAGCAUUAUUUCUUUAAAUGAAACUCCUCAACUCAACAGUUCCUUGACACUAAGAUGAUGUCCAAGCAUUAUUAAAAUGGCGCCUUUUGUCUAAAUGAAACUCCUCAACUCACUUCAACAUAGUUCCUUGACACCAAGAUGGCUGGUGCCAUUCUCUAUAUGGAACUCCAACUCACGUUGACAUACCGGUAGUUCCUUGACACCAUAGUGGUACUUCUCAACUCACUUGAACAUAGUUCCUUGACACCGCAAUGACACCAAAGAACUGUCUAAAUUAAAAUCCUCAAUUCACGUUGACAUUUUUAUUAUUAUAGAACCGAAUGUGCAAUUUUCUGGGAAUAACGGGUGUGUUCCCAAAACAAUUCUGCGAUUGUCAACUCUCAAACGAUUUAAUAGGACGAGUAUGCGGGGUUGAAGAGAAGUGAAGUGCUUCGUAUAGUGCUUUUCCGCCCUCUUGUGGCAUCUUUAGGCAAUUGCAAAGCUUUCACCAGGGGGCCUCAAUUACUUCCCAAAUCUCUCUCUUUACAGCAGUAUAUGUCAAGCGAAAUGCUAUGAAAAGUUUAUAAUUAGCUCAAAGCCUGUGGUGGCCCAAAACCUUUGCAUACUACUGUAUGAACACACACACACACACACACCGCCUCCCUUUACGUGGUAAGUAGAAACCAGACCCUCCACCCCAAACCCCCCCUUCAGCGGCUGUCCACAUGACAGACAGACCGGCGUGAUGACGGCCGAGUGUAGCCAUCUUGAAUCGGACCCCCACCGCCACAAUGUGAGCCCACCUCCCUCCCCUUCCUGUUUCCAUUUUUGUUUUGUUUUUUGUAUACAUUCAUUUAGUGCUGGCAUCAAGGCGGGGUUGGGGGGGUGGGGGCUGUGUGGAUGAGGGCAGGAGUCCUGGCGCUUGGUGCAGGUUUACAGAUGACACUCGUAUUAAUUAUGAUUAUUAUUGUUACUUGCAUUGAGUUUACGGCCACUUGUGAUGCUAAUAAAGAACGCCAGCCGGUGUACACGUGAGAAGUUCUUAUCAACAUGAGCGCAUUUCUGAUGUUUGAAUCUCUGGUUUUUCCUCCAACAUUCCAAAGGCUAUUCAAAAUUGCCUAAAAACAGACUGGGAUUGGGGCUUUUUCUUUAUAUGCACCCUGACAUUGACUGGUGGCCAGUCCAGGGUGAACCCGCCUCCCACCCUAGAUCAGCGGAGAUAGGCUUCAGCUCUCCAGUGAGCCUAAUGAGAACCAAUGGAUAAAGACCCGCAGUUGCGCUUAUCCAAGUCCUUAGACCACAAGUGUUUGUUGCGUGUUGGAGCAUGCCAUCAUCGUACGGUGUCGGUAAGAUCAAGUUCGAUGUAUUUGCUUUCUCCUCCUCCAGUAGCCAGUGGAUGCCCGCUUGCACUGCGCAUGUGACAGGAACUCCACGCCGGCACAAAAAUUAUGUGCAACUUGUGAGUGUGAACAGAUUUUUAUUAAAAAGGAGAAAUGGUG